AUGAUGCAUCUGAUCUGGCUUCUUGUGUUCAUAUACCAGGUUAUGCAGAUUACUGCAUUGGGAGAUAGCCAAGAUGAAUCACAGCCCAUGGUGACAUUGAAGAACGGCACUAUCCUUGGAAGCGACAAUGGCCGGGAAGGGAUCCAGCGAUUCCUGGGCAUUCCCUAUGCACAGCCACCGAUAGGACCGUUGCGACUACACCAAGCAGUGCCGCUCAACGUAUCCUUUGGGACAUUGAACGCGACUACUAUGAGUCCAGCGUGCUAUGGAAAGUCCAACUCGAAGUACCAACAAAGCGAGGAUUGCCUGACAUUGAAUGUCUGGCGGCCUAAAGAAGUAGGAAAAACCGCGUCUUCUCCACUGGUGCCGGUCCUCGUAUGGCUCUAUGGGGGUGGGCUCAGCGGCGGAUAUGUAGGAGACCCAAGAUUUGAUGGCACAAAUAUUGUCUCGCUAUCCGCCCAAAUCAAAAAGCCAGUGAUCUUUGUCUCAAUUAACUAUCGCGUUGCGUCGCUAGGCUUUUUGAACGGACGCCAGAUGGCGGAGCUCGGUCUCCUGAACAUCGGCAUGUUGGAUCAGCGACGGGCAUUGCAUUGGCUACAGGAGAAUAUUGCUUCCUUUGGUGGUGAUCCCGAGAAAGGUAGUAUCCCAUUAACACUGUUUGGAGAGUCAGCUGGAGCUGUUUCCAUUUAUUCGCAUAUGAUGGCCUACGGUGGCCGUGAUGACAGCCUAUUUCGGGGGGCCAUUCUAGAGAGCGGCGGAGCGUUUCCCCUCACGUUGCCAAAUACGACUUCAUUCCAGCAGACCUUCGACAGUUUGAUUACAAAUACAUCCUGCUCCACACGGGCUGGAUCACCAGCAGCGGAACAGUUGGACUGUAUCAGGGCCCUUCCAAUUGACACGUUUCUUUCAAGCGUUGGUGAUGCAACGGGCCAGUCGAUUGACGGAAGCUUCACGACUACAUCUGUGCAGUUUGCGUUUCCGGCAGGAAAAUACGUAAAGGUGGCUACUAUUGUAGGGACCAAUACUGACGAGGGGACCACUUCGGCUCCAACUGGAAUCAACACCGUUGAUGAAUUGAAGGACCCUCUAGCCGAUGGUUACUUUCGUCCAGAAAGUCUGCCUGACUCCAUGGUGCAAGAUCUGCUAAACCUUUACACUAAUAAUCCCCGGGAAGGAUGUCCAUAUAACACUGGAGACGUUAUGUUAAGUCCGGGUAUAUUAGACAAGAAGGCCUGCUCAAUAUUUGGUGAUAUUGUGCAGGUUGGUCCAGCAAGGAUGAUUGCUGAAGCACUUGCUGAACACAACGGCGACAACCCUGUAUAUCGCUAUCGUUUCAACCAACUCUCGGCUAACAGCUCAGAGCCAUCAGUGGGGAUCACGACAGGGACGGAAAUACCAUACGUUUUUUCCAAUCUCAUACCCGACGUUGCUUGGGAAAGGGCCCUAGCUUCUGAAAUGACCAAAGCCUGGGUCUCUUUCGCAUACGACUUGAACCCGAAUACUAAUGGAGGUAAGUUAGUCAUUGCACUGGCCUUCAACAUUUCUCUACCCCCUACCUUACUGUGGCUGAGAAGAGGAUCAGAUACCGCGCUGCCGCUCUGGCCUACAUACAGCGAGAACAAAUCGAGUAUGGUUUUCAAUGCCUAUGGUUGCACAAUCGAGCCCGAUACAUACCGAUCUGAUCAGAUAUCCUACAUCAUUAACCACGUCCUGCGGUAUGGUGCUAGAUGA